AUGAGUAAUAAGACACGGAGGACGCGCACGAAUUUUACGUCAGAGCAACUCGAUAAUCUGGAGAAGCUUUUUGAAGAAACACAUUAUCCGGAUGCGUUCAUGCGAGAAGAAUUAAGCCAGCGACUGGGUCUAAAUGAAUCAAAGGUUCAGGUUUGGUUCCAAAAUAGAAGAGCCAAAUGCCGUAAACGAGAAAGUCAGCUAAAUAAAGAUUUUUCACCAAGCAAUCCAAGCUCUGUCAUAUCCAGCCCUUUAGAAGCUUGUACCAUUUCUUCAUGUACCAAAGUGAAUUAUUCGCCGUUGGGAAUUCAUAUCUUGCAUAAAAAUUCAUCACAUAUUAAUGCAACGAAGUUCAACAGGAAAUGGUUGACGGAACCAGAUUUGAUAUCCACGUCAAUAUCUGUAUCUACUGAAACAGCUUUACUCUCAACAAAUAUACAACAGGACAGGGCUGUAAUUAACAACUCUUCGACGAAAAACUGGGUUCCUGUAUGUCCGAACCCAAUCGAGUUGGCUGCCAUGGCAUCGGCUUACAGUAAAAGAAUUAGCAUUGUAGAUUUACGAACGAAGGCAAAAAAGUAUGCGGAAUCUUCUAAAGACGAAACCGAUUUACUAAGUACUUAG